UGAUUCACGACAUCAAUUUAAUCCAGAACUGUGGUUAUAUGACUUUUUAAUGGUUACAUAUCUCUUUUAUCAACAAUGUGUAUGUUUAUAAUCGCUACAUGUAAACAUAAAUAAUAGGUGUGUAGGAUAUGACCUACAGGUAUACUGUUAAAUGGACUACUUAAUAUGUACGUAUACAGUUGUACCUGUAUUGUCACUGUUUAUGUGUAUGGCAUUGCAUUUUUACCCGAGUAUAGCAAUCAAGGACGCAUAUUAUUACACAAACAUUUAAUCCAAAAUCUAUAGAUUACAAGAAAAAUCGGAUUACGUCGAUGAAUUGAUCAACAUUGGAUUUGUAUUACUAUAUAUAAACAUGUAAAACUGGAAUAAAUAAAUUAAUAGAACAAAAUGUGGAAGAAAUUAAGGGAGGCGUCCUCUGGAGUAACAUUUAGUUCGGUGACAAAUUUACUACGUGGUAGGAGUUAUUCUAAGUUCAGUGAAGAGAACGAAAUAAAUGAUCACGGUACAGCUAGAAGUGUUCUGGAUCAAGACAAUAAUGUUAUAACAUGGAAAAAAAAUACUCAGAUGUCGGACCAUAAUGAUUUCCCUGUACGCGACAGUACAAUUCAAGAUGAUGAUUCGUCUGACGAUGACUACGGGUUUGAAAACGAUCAGGAAACAGCCACCAAGCCAAGAUUUCAUGUUGAGAAGGAUAAUACAGAUUGUUCAAUACAAAUAUCGAGGCCAGUCAAAAACAGUCCGACGCUGUCCCACAGAAAUGGAAGUAUUCCAAACCCUACAAAUGAAAUGAAAGAAAUUGUGAACACUUUUUCUCAAAAACGUUACCAGCAUUUAGAUGAUUCUGACGAGUUUUUCAAUGACCUAGAAGAUGAUUUGUCGUCCAGUCAGUCAAAAAGUGAAAAUUCUAACGGUGUCUUUCACAAGGCGGUAGAUGUACACCAAAACAUUAAGCAACCAAAUUCCUCAUUGAAAAAAAGUCUGAACUCAAGUUUUCAGUCAAACCAAAAUAUACUUAUACGAAAAUUUGAAAACGGACACAGUGUGCCAAACCCCAAAAAAGGAGUAAAAGAGCUUGUGGACAGUUUCUCUCAAAGAAGAUACCAACAGUUAGAAGAAUCGGACGAAUCAGUUGAUAGUAGAUCUUCAGCAGAAAGUGCAGAAAUUGAAAACAUAACAUUUCAUAAAGCUGAAGAUAUACACCAAGAUAUAAGACAUAAAUCAAGCAAACUCAAAGGAACAAAGAAGAUAUGGAAUUUCCAAAGAGACACAAAUAAGGUUGCAAAACGUACAAGAAGAAUAAUAAGAAGAUCCUGGAAAUGGUUAAGACAUGGAUUUACAGCAUAUGCACAAGGAUUUCAGUUUUCGAAUAUUUUCAUAAUGGUACAUAAACGAAGCUGAUGCUACCAAGUAAAGCAAAAGGAUUUUGUGAAAGUGUGUUUACAAUUUGUAGUUUUGAUGGCUCAGUAGCUGAUCACUCAAAGAAAUAGAAAAAAAACAUUGUAUUACAAAAUAUAUAUAAUGACAACUUCAUGUUUCCUAUAUAUCAUAUAUUUUGUGGUGCUGCAAAUUUAGAUAAUUUUAUAUACAAGAUUCUAAAUCAAAUUCAUUUACACCCAUUUUACAUAAUUCUUUGAUUGACAGAUUUGCCUGCUGUUAUUCAUUAAAUAAUUUUCACAUAACUAAUCCAUCUAUUUCAGUGAGAAAAAUACAGGUACAGUUCAUCCGUAUAUUUUAUGUAAAUUCAUGAUGAAAAAUACUAGUAGAUUUACAUUUCACUGUUUUUUUUUACUAUCACAUUCUUCUUGAUCAUGUAUUAUAAGAUGUAUCAACUGUCUACUGUGUAAAUUGUCAGUCCAGUUACAGUAAACCUCAUAUUCAAAAUGUGGCACAUCUAACAAUAUGAAUAUAUAUAUCAUAGUUGACAUGGUAUUGUGUUAAACUAUAUACCCGGUAGAUGUCAUAUCACUUUUCAAGUAGGUGCUUUAAUCAGUGUAAGAAGAAAUCAGAAAUCCAAUUAUAUUUUAUUUUCUAUAAAUUCAUAUUAAAGAAUUUAAUUUUUUUAUCAAAAGAAAAAUGAAAUCCAACUGUUUGAUAGCUUUAUAUAUAUUAUAUAUGUUAUUUAAAUUUUAUUAAUAAAUAUUGUUAUAUCUUUCUA